CUUCCUAGUGCUUCAGAAUCUUAUCUCUUUCUAUAUAAUCAUAUUUAUCAUGCAAUAAACUCAAAACCCAGAUUCUAACUUCAACUUCUCUCAAAUGAAAGUGUCGAGCUUUCUCUUCUUCCUCUUUCUAUCCUUUUCUCUUUUGCUUUCUGCCACCUCGCAUGGCGGCAAUGAUGAUGAAGCAGGUGAUGGCAACGAACGACAUAACCUACGUUCCAAAUCCUUGGUUCUGGUCAAGAUCUGGUGCUUGAUUCUCGUGUUUGUAGGGACAUUCAUCGGCGGGAUGUCACCCUAUUUUCUUAAGUGGAACCAGGGUUUUCUGGUGAUGGGGACCCAGUUUGCCGGUGGGGUUUUCUUGGGGACUGCUAUGAUGCAUUUCUUGAGUGACGCUAAUGAAACGUUUAAGGAUUUGACCCCUAAGGCAUACCCUUUUGCUUUUAUGUUGGCUUGCGUUGGAUAUCUAUUGACCAUGGUGGCUGAUUGUGUGGUUUCUUAUGUGUAUGGGAAAGGAAAUAGCUCAUCUCAUAAAAGUGAUUCGGAGCUUCAAGGGAACGGCACCGAAACCACCUGUGAAGGGUCCUCGUCGCUCACAUCGGUGAGUUCUUUUGGGGAUAGUGUUUUGCUGAUAGUUGCCUUGUGCUUCCAUUCGGUGUUCGAAGGCAUUUCCAUUGGAAUCGCCGAGACCGAGUUCGAUGCAUGGAAAGCCUUAUGGACAAUCUCAUUGCAUAAGAUAUUUGCAGCCAUUGCAAUGGGGAUAGCACUGCUCCGAAUGAUCCCAGACCGUCCGUUGUUGUCAUGCAUAGCCUAUGCUUUCGCUUUCGCUGUUUCAAGUCCAGUCGGUGUAGCCAUCGGGAUCAUAAUCGAUGCCACAACGGAGGGUUCUAUGGCUGAUUGGAUCUUCGCCAUAUCGAUGGGGUUAGCCACUGGAGUCUUCAUCUAUGUGUCUAUAAACCAUUUGCUAUCGAAAGGUUACACGCCCCAUAAGACGGUUCCAGUGGACAAACCUCAUUACAAGUUAUUGGCUGUGUUGUUAGGUGUUGGAGUGAUUGCUGUUGUAAUGAUUUGGGACACUUGAACUAAUGAUUUUCACCUUUGGUAUAUUAGUAGUUUUGGUCUGUCAGUGUAUAAUAGAAUCAUAUAGAUCAAAUUAGGUUGUCUGUUGUCUAUGUCAUAGUUUAUCGCACCUG